AUGAUGAACUUACAGAUAUUAUGCACUUUAAAAGAUAAAGGCAAGACGAAAUUCAAACACAAAGCCCACUUCGUAAAUUGAAGGGUGCGGUUGGGGAAAUUCAAUUUUAGGUUAGACGCGUCGUGACAUUACAUUUUUUUUCAAAUGUCACAUAGACGAGAAUUAACAGCUGUAAACCAUCAGUUCGAUCAACCUGUCAAUUUGGAACAAGGAACACGCGGUCGCCUGUACAACAUAGCGGAGUCGGAGGGUGCACUUUCGGACUAUGUCGCUCAGAAAUGGGGACCUAGUAUUUGCAGAGUAGUUUUGAUUUGCGCUUACGGAAUGGCGCUUUUUACGUUCAUCACGGGCAUUGUGUAUAUGACGUAUUGCCCCCGUCAGUACCACAUUGCUGGUUAUCUAAUAAUUGGAGGGCUGUUUUCAACAGUUUUCAUCACAAUAAGAUUUGUGCGUAGAGUAAAACCUGGAACCUACAUCGGGCUCGGUUGGGUAUUCUCCAUUGGGCUCUUCAUAUUAGGUUGUGUUUGGAUAUACAAAGUGCCCCAACUGAACAUUGGUCAAAGUUUCAAGUUGCACUGCGAUCCAGUGUUCCACAUAAUUGCCUUUUGGAUUGUGACCGUCGAAUUGAUAUUAAUAGCUCUUGGAAUUUGUGCAUUAUGUAUCACGUGUUACAUUUAAAUUAAUGCUCAUUUAUUGGAUGAAAUAAAAUUCAGGAGAUGCGAGAUUGAAUUGCGCCUUGCAAUAUGC